AUGCCUGCGUUGCAUUAUGAUAUCUUUCCAAUUGUAUUGAGAUUUUUACGACAGGAUAGAAAUACGUUAUUUUCAUGUAUUCUCGUUAAUCGUACCAUAUGUAGGUUAGCAAUCCCUUUACUUUGGAAAAAUCCGUUCACGAGUAAUGAUUCGUUGGAAGAGAUUAAUCAAUAUCAAUCAGCUUUGUUAAUCCGAACAUAUUUGGCAUGCUUAACCGAGGAUGAAAGGAGAUAUUUAACGAACAAAGGUGUAGAAAUUCGGAAUUUUCCAAAGCCAUUAUUUGAUUAUGCAUGCUUCUUGGAGGAAAUGAUGUAUAGUUGUCCUUUAUAUAAUUCAACCUUAUGUUGGAUUCUAUUAGAAUAUCACAAGUACACGAAGGAUCGCUUAAAUGGAAUUCGGAACAUGUAUCAAUUUGAUGAGAGUGAAAUACAACACCCAUUAAUUAACUCGUUAUAUUCCAUGCUCUUUAAAAAGAGUAAAAUCAAAACGUUAGGGAUUUCCAUCGAUAUGCUUAAAAUAAAGGAUCCCAUUGACCAACAACUUUUCGAUAAUAUGAAUUCUUCAAAUUUAUCAAAUUUAUCUUGGUUGAUAAUAUACCUAAAAGAUAAUUCCAUCGGAUUAGAGGUCAAUCAACAUUCAUUCGACUUUUUAUUGAGCAUAAUAAAGAAAUGGUGUCAUAAGAUUAAACAUGUUAGGAUUUCCAAUUUGUUGGUGUUUGCUCAUCAAAAUUUACCCAAAAUUCAAGAAAUAAUAAGUCAACAACAAAGGCUCGUAAAACUUGAACUUUUAACUCCAAAACAAAAUGUCAUAAUUAAUGAUAUCCUCUUAAAUCUGAAAAGUCACGAUUUUAGUUUUUUGUCCGAAAUGGAAAUACAUGACACCGAUCUAUCCGAUAAUUCUCUAUUGGAGGGAUUAUCAAGUAUCGAUUCGUUAAAAUCAUUAUACUUAUUAAAAUGUAGGGGUAUAUCGAUGCAUAAUGUUCAUAUUUUAUCCGAUUCAUCGAUUUCAUUACAAAAGUUAAAAUUUAUUAGUAAUGAAUUUCCACCCGGAUUAAUCAUUUCAACUAUCGGUAAAUCAUUGAAUGAAUUGAAGACCAAUCAGUUGGAUAAGGAAGCAGCCGAAUUGAUUUCUUAUAAUUGUUCCGAAUCUUUAACGAACUUGGAAAUCGUUGGGGUUAAUUUGCAAACACAAAAGAUCUUUUAUGAUCUAAUCAUAAGGUUAAAAUUGAAUUCCUUAAAGAUUAGUUGUUGUAGGGAGUCAACGGGUCAAAUUCUAAAUGACCUGGGAAAGAAUUUACCGAAUUCCUUAAAGUAUUUAAGCCUUUUUGGAUUAUAUACGUUUAAGGGUCUUACCGUUGAACAUUUCGAGAAUUUAUUGUCAAAUUGUAACGCGUCUUUGGAAUCUUUGGAAAUUGAUGGUAACAUUAACCGUAAUUUUUUAGUAGUGAUUUUCGAUUAUAUUAAGAAUCAUAGAAAUUUUAAAUCGUUAAUCAUUAAUCUGUACGGUAAAGGAUUUGAAGAUUCUUCGUUGUUAAAUGAUAUUAGUAAAUACGGUGUAAAGUCGAUUGUCAAUUAA